ACCACCUUGGUGGAUUCACACUUGGUGGUGCAGUGUGCUUUGGCCAAGCCGCAAGCGGCAAACUUACCUUCGUUCAGUAUGAUACUGCACCGGUCCUGGCAUAUUCGUCUGAAACACUUGUAAUCAUGAUGUUUGAUGGAUCAUUCACGAAUCAUUGCAACCGAGAGUUCCAAAAGUGCACGCAGUACAACUUCUUCAAUGGUCCAUCUGCCGGCAUGCUAGACAUAAAAGAGUUUGCGCUGAGCCAGGGUGGCAUUGCCAAGACCACCGCCAAGUCGUUCGUUGAAGCAAAUUCCUUAGGCGAGAGGAUUGUCCAAGUCAAGGCAAAGCGACCUGCAAAUAGCUUUGGACCGCCAAUUACAUUGCCGCUGGCUAAGACACAGCGCACAACACCGUCCUCAGCCAGGAACAACACCAUGCUACAAGCCGUUCAAAGGGACGAGAAUGUAUUCUUUACGGGACGAGCGGGCACGGGCAAGUCGUUCCUUCUUGGGCAUGUCAAGAAGAUCGCCCCAAAGCAAGGCUUGUUUUCGGCAGCCACAACGGGCAUUGCGGCCUUCAACAUUAAUGGCAUGACGGUGCACCACUUUGCAGGGUUUCCGCAAAAAAGCAACUCGAUAGUUCAACAUUGCCAUGCUGAUAGCCGCAGUUUCCAGGCCGUCAUACAUUGGCGCGAUGCGGCUCUGCUAGUCAUUGACGAAAUGUCGAUGCUUGACGGCCAAAUGUUUGAUGCGCUCGAGGCCAUUGCGCGGACGGUGCGGAAAUCCAAGCUCUUCUUUGGUGGCAGUCAGCUCGUUUUGUCGGGCGACUUUAUUCAAGUACAAAUCUCUUGGAAGGGCUUCUCGAGCUUUUGUCGUCGUCAUUCUGCGCGUGCAUUUGGCAUGGUCGCCGCGCUCAACUCGCGCUGUGUCGACAAUCGCCGACACGCGUCAAACGAUGCCAUUCAUAUCUUUUCACACAAUGCCGAAGUGACCGACGUGAUUAACAACGCUAGUUUGGAAAACUCAGACGGUGAUGUCCACGACUUUAUUGCCAUUGAAACGGGAGACAAGAGUUUGCUUAAGGGAUCGCCGAUUCCCGUUCGCAUCCAGUUCAAGCUGGUCGGGUUUACUUCUGGCACGAACAUGCCGAUCGUGAGUUUUGACCAUGACACAUCCCAGCCUAUAAUGAAGGAAGUCUUCAGCGUGAUAGCCAACCACACAGUCGUGGCAUCCCGCCAACAGGUACCUCUGACGUUGGCCUACGCCAUCAGCAUCCACAAAAGCCAAGGGCUCACGUUUCACUCCGCUGUGCUGCAUCUUGGCAAGGUGUUUGAAUACGGUCAAGCGUACGUGGCCCUGUCUCGGCUGUCGUCGCUAGCAGGGCUCUUCAUCGCGGUGCCUCUGACGAUGCGAGUGCACCCGCGGUUGCUGGCAGCGGACUCUCCCUUUGCUUAA